UUAAGUCUAUAAUUUGUUAUAUGGGAAGCCAUAUAAUUUCCUAUGUUAAUACUAAAAAUGCUAAAUAAAUACAGUUUUUUUUUUUAGAAAAGAAUCACAAGUAGAUACCCAUUACUAGUAUGUUAUCUCAAUUUUAAGAUUAAUUACAUUUUUUAAAAAUCUCUGUCUUAGAAAAGAGAGAGAUAAUUUCUUUUUCCUGAACAUAUUUCAGAUAAUAGCAGGAAGGACCACAAAGGAAAUUUAAAGAAACAUUUUGAGAAUUGUUUUUGUGUCAGUUGAGAGAAAGCAGUUCGGUGCCCUUAGAAGACUACGGUCCUUUUGACUAGAUUGGAUUAAUUGCAAGAAUGACCCUUGGCAUAAAGCCUCUUUGUGAGCACAUAGUUUGUAUAAGUCUCUGGCCAUGAUUCCAGAAAGACUUAGGAAGGUACAACUAAUGUGAACUAAACAAAAUUGGGGUGGACAGGAACAUCCCCCAACCCCAGUGGUAGGGAUCAAACUCUGGGCCUUGCAUAUGCUAGGGAAGCUCUGAACCACUGAACUGUACCCUUAGACCUAGGACCUGUGCCUAGAUUACAUCCUAAAUAUGGAAGUAUGAAGGUACAGAAGGUUGUUCUGAAAGUACCAUGUUUUAAAAUUGCUUUAAAUGGGAGCACAAACCAUUUCUGAAAGGUUAAAAUGAACCAAGAAUGGUGGUGUGUCAUCAGAUGUGCCUUGGAAGCCAACCUAUAGACCCAAAAGUGUAGAUCAUAGAAAUAAAAUUGUGUGGUAUCAUCCAUGAUGAUGGGCUGUUUUGAUCAGACUAAGUUGCCUACAGCUGGGGAUGUAUCUCAGUGGUAGAGUACUUUCUUAGCAUGUGCAACGACCUAUAGAUUCAAUCUUGAGCACUACAACCCUCCCUUCUGUCUCUCCUGGGGGGCAGAAGUAGCUCUGUGUCUCCAGCAGGGCUCUGCUUUGCCUGUCAGGUGUGACAGUCAAUGUUCCUGGAGUAGUUAGACCAUUAUUGCUGUUGUUCAUGGGGCUCUUCUUUGAUCCUAGCAUUUGGGAGGUGGAAGCAAGAGGAUCAAGAGUGUCCCAGACUCAGCUACAUAGUUAAUUUGAGGCUGCCCUAGGCUUCAUGAGACAUCAUCUCAAAAAAGCCGAAUCAAUAAAGCACCAAAAUUUUUUUAGGAAUUUUAGCUAUUUGGGGUAGUAAUUUUACUGAGGUGUAUGAUAAUACUUCCUCAGUUAUUACAGGAUGCUAAUCUUAACUGCUAAUCAGUUAUAUAAUGUGCGAUAACAUAAAAUUGAAAGGAAAAUGCAGUUCAGAAAGUAAUUUACCUGUUCCUAACACAAGUUUAAUAAAACUUAAUACAUCUAUCUCUAUGUAGAACAUUACUGCCUUUCUGCAAAAUUAUUGAAUCAAAAAUUUGUAGUGUUUUUUUCCCCCAUGGAUUAUCUUCAUUGUAAAAUCAUCUUUAUUGUAAUUUGUGUUUCUCUUGUCAUCAACACAUAUUCUCUUAAUUUUUUCUCAUCUUAAUGAUUCAUAUCUUGGUCAUUUGUAAGCCAUCCUUUUAUUAUACUUAGUUCAUUUCAUUUUAAGUAAAAAGUGUAGCCUUUAAUGUACAAAUACACAUUUUAAAAAACACAAUAAUAGGAUAUGUCAUAGUCUAGAGCAUGUACAUUCUUUAACAUAAGAAAUUUUAGCAAACCUAAGGCCAGUUUUCCUGUGUCUGUAACUACUUGAUUUUGUCAGUGUUCAGGAGUCUCCAAAACAAUUGUAAGCUCUAUUAGCACUUGGAUAGUGAAUCACUUAGUUUCACUCCUCAUUUUGUAUUUUGAACUCUAAAUAAUAUUUCUAUCUACAGAGCAGCCCAGAAAACAAUAAAAAUCUCAUCUCAUAGAUCCCUGUUGUCUUGGAAUCUCUGCAGUUGUUUAGCACUCCUCAAGUAAGCCUAUGUUUCUGAGACAAUAUUUCAGGUAAAAAAAAAAAAGAAGAAAAAGAAAAAUAAUUUGGUGUGUAUGUGUGCAAGCACUGUAAGUGGCAAGUGUGUUUCUAGGUAAAGGAGAAUGUUACCUAAGGAUAAAAAGUGUUUAGGACGGAGACUACAAAAGCAAGUACGUAUCAUAGUCAUGCUCGGGUUCAUUGAAUCAUUGUUCAGUAACAUGCUUCUUACAGUGAAACUUGAAGUUGCUGAGAGUUCAGACAAACCCUAGGACUGAACACAUAGAGAUGGCUUAACACUAAAUGAAGGUCAGUAAAUGUGGCAAGACUAGGUAAAUGAGCCGGGCGGUGGUGGCGCACGCCUUUAAUCCCAGCACUUGGGAGGCAGAGGCAGGCGGAUCUCUGAGUUUGAGACUAGCCUGGGCUACAGAGUAAGUUCCAGGACAGCCAGGACUGUUUCACAGAGAAUCCCUGUCUCGAAAAAACCAAAAAAAAAAAAAAAAAAAAAAAAAGACUAUGUAAAUGAGAUAGAUGAGCUUCCAGCUGGACAUAGUGACACGUACCUGUAAUCCCAUCACUUGAGGGGCUGAAGGAGGAGUACCUAGAAUUCCAGGCUGGGCUAUGGAGUGAGAGCCUGUCACAACCCCCCCCCCCCAAAAAAAAAAAGUGAAAUUUUAAACAUGGAAGGAUUACAUUUGUAAUCCUCUACUACUUGGGGGUCUGAAGCAGGAAGAUGGCGAGUUUGAGGUCAGCCUAGGUUACAAAUUAAAAAAGAUGCCUGAGGCAGGUCAGUGCUGCUGCUUUUGAGGAAACAGACAGUUCUACCCACCCUAAUCAGUUUACGAAGACAUUGUAGACUAAGAAGAUGAAAGAAGUUGGAAUAUCUUGUUGGAAAAACAUGAGGGAGAGAAACAGGGUAAGUUUCUGACAGGAAUCUUAUGGCUUUAGCAUACCUGCUUUCCCUCCUCUCUCUCUCUCUCUCUCUCUCUCUCUCUCUCUCUCUCUCUCUCUCACACACACACACACACACACACACACACACACAAAAAAAAAUCUGUUCCUUUUUGGUUGUGGGUGGGUAUGUAUCUGUGUAUGCAUGUGUGCAUUCAGGUAUGUAUGUGUAGAGGUCAGAGAACACUUCUGGUGUUGUCACCCUGACCAUUGACCUGAGGUCUACCUGUCUGUGUCUCUCUAGGCAAGUUGGCAUUUACAAGUGUAUACCACUGUGGAUAACUUCUUUCUUUUUACAUGGGUUCUAGGGAUCAGACUUGUGCUUGUAAGAAAAGCACUUUAGUCAUGAAGUUAUGCUCCAGCUGUUUGUUUUGUACUGGUCGUGGGACACAUAGACUCAGGCAAUCCUGUAAUCUUAGCUUCCCAAAUAGCUGGGACUACAGGCAUGCACCAUUGGUCUACUCUUGUUCUUUUGGGUUUAAAUGAUCAUUUACUAGCAGCUACUUGGGUAGAAAUGGGAAGGAAAGGCUAAAAUAGAUUAUUAAUUUUGUAGGAUUAUUGAGGAUAUAGAGGAAAGUAGUUUUUUAAAAAUUAAAGUUUACAUGUUUUUGAUUUAGCUGAAUAACUUAAUGUUAGAAAGUAACAUACAGUUCAGUCAAUUGAUUAAAUGUCAUAUUUUGUUAACAUUGGCCAGAAAAAGAACCUAACUUUUUUUUUUGUAGAAAACACUCUAUUGACCCAUAUGUUCUAAUUUAGUUGUGAACCAUGUACAACUGAUGUUUGACCUAUUUGACUCAUCGUGAAAAGAAUUUAACCAGCUGCCUUUGCUGAAUCUUUUGUCCUGUCUCAAGAAUAUGUUGUUGAUCACAUAGCAUGGUCAUCCACUCACAGCUUAAAAAAAUACAGGGAGCAUCGGAGAGAAUGGGUUCAAUGUAUCUAUGCCUGCCUACUUCAAUCUGCAAGGGAGUUUCAGAAAGGCCCCGCAUUCGCCGAGCCGAGAUACUACUCGACAAAGAAUCAAAUUCAGCGAUGACAGAGUAUGCAAGAGCCACCUUCUCAACUGUUGUCCUCAUGAUGUCCUUUCUGGAACUAGAAUGGAUCUUGGAGAAUGCCUGAAAGUCCAUGACCUGGCUUUAAGAGCAGAUUAUGAAAUUGCAUCCAAAGAACAGGACUUUUUCUUUGAACUUGAUGCCAUGGAUCAUCUACAGUCAUUCAUUGCAGAUUGUGAUCGAAGAACAGAAGUGUCUAAGAAAAGAUUAGCAGAAACUCAAGAGGAGAUAAGUGCUGAAGUCGCAGCAAAGGCAGAACGUGUUCAUGAGUUAAAUGAAGAAAUAGGUAAACUGUUGGCCAAAGUGGAACAACUAGGAGCUGAAGGAAAUGUGGAAGAAUCUCAAAAAGUAAUGGAUGAAGUAGAGAAAGCACGGGCAAAGAAAAGAGAAGCAGAGGAAGUUUAUCGAAAUUCUAUGCCAGCUUCCAGUUUCCAGCAGCAGAAACUUCGAGUCUGUGAAGUCUGUUCUGCAUAUUUAGGUCUUCAUGAUAAUGACAGGCGACUUGCUGAUCAUUUUGGGGGUAAACUGCACCUGGGAUUUAUUGAAAUAAGAGAGAAACUUGAAGAAUUAAAGAGAGUUGUAGCUGAGAAGCAGGAGAAAAGAAACCAGGAACGUCUGAAACGAAGAGAAGAGAGGGAGAGAGAAGAACGGGAGAAACUGAGGAGGUCCCGCUCACAUAGCAAGAAUCCCAAAAGAUCUAGAUCCAGAGAGCAUCGCAGACACCGAUCUCGCUCCAUGUCACGAGAACGCAAGAGGAGGACUCGAUCCAAGUCUCGGGAGAAACGACAUCGCCACAGGUCCCGUUCCAGUAGCCGAAGCCGCAGCCGCAGCCACCAGAGAAGUCGACACAGCUCUAGAGAUAGGAGCAGAGAGCGAUCCAAGAGGAGAUCCUCAAAAGAAAGAUUCAGAGACCAAGACUUAGCAUCCCGUGACAGAGACAGGAGUUCAAGAGACAGAUCACCUCGUGACCGAGAUCGAAAAGAUAAGAAGCGGUCCUAUGAGAGCGCUAAUGGCAGAUCAGAAGACAGGAGGAGCUCUGAAGAGCGGGAAGCAGGGGAGAUCUAAUUAGCUCUGUAUAUACAUACCUUCAGUCCUUAAGCUUCCUGUGGAGCUAACCUGCUGUUGUCUAGUUUACAGUUCUUCAGGGUGACACUUCUAGAUACUGAUCCAGGCUAGAUGAAUACAUAUUUAGUAUCUAAUGAUCUGAACUGAACCUGUUUUCCUUGAUAAAGCCUAAACUACAUCCAUAGUUUCUGGUGAACCUAUACUACAAUUCUGAACGUAAAGUACAGUACAGUUUUAUAUAAUAAGACACUGAUCUCUAGUCUUUCAAGUAGGAGUGAUAGUGAAUGAAUUGUGUUAAUGCUUGCAGUUUUUGAACAUUUGUAAAAUACUGUCUUCCUUUGUAUUCCAAACAGCAGCAGCUUUGGGGAAUUUUUCUUUAUAAUUCUUCUUCCUUUGACUUUUGUAUCUCCCAAUACCUGUGCCUCCAACUGUAAGAGAAAAGGGGCAGGGAAGCAAUAUAACUUGUGUUCUAAGGUUCUGGUCACCUCAGUUCCUAGUUGAUUACAGUUGAGCAGUUCUACGGGAUUGUGUGCUGGAGAAACAUAUACAGGGCUCUUUUGUUUGGGCCAAAUAAGAGUUGGAAGUUGAACAGCUGUUUCAUUACUUUUGCUUUUUUAUUGAAAAUUUGAAAUCAGACUUGUCUUGAUUUUUCUGUUCUACUAAAUUGCUAUGUUCAGUAUAUUGAGGGGGAUGGGGCAGGGACUGUUUCAUAAUAAGCACUUGUUUUAUUUUGUGUGUGAGUGUGGAGUAUAAAGGCUAUCUUUACUCUUAUUGUAAAAAAUAAUAAUAAAAUGAGAAGAAACAAUCAUCACCACCAUCAUUACACUGUACCUUGUUUAGUAAGUUGUCACUAGAACUAUUUGCUGUGGUAUUUUCCUCUAUUCUGUAACAUCCUUAACAGUGCCUUACUGUACAAGGCACCAAAGGAAGGAAAUAUAGAAUUGUGGAUUUCAGAUGAACUGUUGCUCCACCCAAUUCUCUUGCUGGCUAUACUCCACUACUUCAGAGCUGUGUUUAACAGCUUCUGUAAGGAAAGAUUGGACCUGUAGAAGUAACUAAGAGUCUCUUGUUUGUAUUUCUUAAUUGACAAGCCUGAAUAAAAUCAAUAUGUAACCAA